AUGAUCGAAAGUACGAAGCCAACAAGUCCAAGUGAGGAGGGCAUCGAUGUUGUGAAGGCAGAUGCAGUAGAUGCAGAAUUCCCAGCCUCACUGACCUCGCCGUCCAGCUUGCCAGACGCAGGCAAAUCAGCUGAAGCUCCAGAGUCAGGUGCUGAGAAUAUCAAGGAGCCCUCAGAAGUCUCUGACCUGGAAGAUUUCGUUGAGGAGAGGAUGCGCCGCUCUACCGAGCUUUUGGCGCUCUUCUCCCAGGAGCAGGAGUGGCUGGACCAAGCGGCAGACAUCAUGGCAGCGCGCCGGGUACUAGCGAAAGAGGAGGCUGCCGCAAUCAGUCUCUUAGAGGAGGAGGAUGCCCAUCACCAGGAGGAACUGGAUCAACUGGAGGCUUACGUCCAUCAGAUGUCCGAGCACUGCGAGUCUGGCGGGAGCUCCUUCAAACCAGACGUGUCCAAAUGCCACGCCUUAGAAGAAAAGAUGAGACGGAACAACAGCAUGCCUUCCAUAGCAACAAAAGCACGUCAGACCUUGACCAAGAGCGGCUCCAUGCCAUUACAGCUCCCCAGAGAACUGACGAGUGAAGCAUCACCGAAGAGCACGCCUCGCCCCAAAGUGCGGGCACGUGUGGUGAGCCACACCGGAAGCACACCGACCACGCCAAGCCGUGCUCGUCCACAAGGUCCGAAAGAUUCCACGGUCACCACGUCAGUCACGUCACUCGUCGUGGGAAGCCACCCAAGCGCGCUUCGGAUGCCCGCGGAACAGUGGGGACGAUUCGCCGUGGAGUGA